GCAGCGAGGGCAGCAGCAACUCUACGUCGCCAGUUGCAAGGAUGUGGGCCACCGAACCACUCCGCCCGAUACUUUCUCCGCCGGUCCGCUAGGACAUGUACAGCCUCAAGACCCGGGAUGAAGAACUCUGCUCGGCGGCGGAACCGGUGGGCAGAAGUUUCUUUGUCCGCUACCUGGGCUGUAACCGGUUCCAGUCCAGGGCCAAGCAACGAGGCGUCAAGGCACUGCAGCGACCACUUUUGGACUUGUACAGCACCGCAAGACGCAAAGGUGAAGACAGGAGGUCCGUACAUCCCCUUGCACUGACCCAGCGCCUGGAUGUCUCACACUACGGGCUCGUCGUUGCGGAACCAGUUGACGACCCGGAGACCCGAAAAACUGUUACGGCGGUUACCAGGGUGAUAACACCGGCGUCUAACGUCGUCCUUUGGGCAGCUUUGAGAUUCAGUGCGCGCUUGGCGAAGAGGAGAUCUAUCGGCGCAGCGUUCGUUCCGUUGGCCUGCUCCGAGGAUGUUGUGGAUCGGAGUUGGUACGUCGGCCUACCGACGAAGCGGCGGUUCCUCGUGGGCCUGGCUCAUCCGCCUUUGUUUGCCUGCUUAUUCAGGCAGGUGGCAGCGCCCAAGACUUGGGAAUGCCACGCUUUCCUCUGCGCUUCGGCGGAGGACGCUCUGCUGAUAUGUUCUAGCCUGGCGGAAGCCAGGAACAGCGUUGUGGUAUUGGAUAGGCCGCCGAGACUUAUCAAACCGGAGUACAGUGACUUCAGCGACGCGUUCACCUCUUGUGCCUCGUCAUACUCGCCGAGACACUUCGGACAUUACAGGAAGCAUGCCUCGUCCAUCGAUGAGCCUCAGUCGUCCGUCACCGCUUCCGCCAGUGGAUAUUACCAGGUGAUAGACCGGAGGACAAAGGUGUCGAAGCGGCCGUCUAAGAGAUUCCCGCCGCGAACGGAUACGGAAUCCAAGUCUUCGAUAAGCGAAGAUAGGAAGAGAAGGGUUCGACGGAAGUCGAACGCCCAUAAAUACCGUGAUGCAUCGAACACCACUAAGGUGACGUCUGCUAGUCUUAUCAACACUUUCCCGGACUCCUCCGCGGGCAACGAACCCACAGCUCACGCUGAAACGAACAGCAGCAUCGUCGCCUCGCACAGGAGUUCCAGAGGAACGUAUUGUAAUGGAGGCUUUCAGAGCGACCUUCGACUGGCUAAGGUCUCCGACGAUUCCUCAUCGGGUCAGACACCCACGAACGACACCGGAUAUUUCUCUUCGAAAUCGAAAAGCGGGAACGCCUCUAAGGAGACAGAUCAGGAAGAAACGUUCGCGGUGAACGUUGCGACAACACCCAAAAGCCUGCCGAAGGCAACCUACUACUUCGGUCAGCACACGUCCCACACGGAGCACGAUAAGUCAAAGCCAAGUGUCACGUCUUACACCUACUUUCUCAAUGACACCAGCAGACGUAGUCGGGACACCACUGCCAUCUGGAAACGUGAGGAAAGUAAAACGAAAGUGGAACGUUCAACGACGGAGUCGCCGCGUGUGGUCGUGACUGACACGGUCCGCAAGACAAAGGCCCCCGAAACGAUUUCCGAUAGUUCUUUGUCCGGCUACCAUUCCGACUCUUGUUGCCAAACGAAAGAUGCGGGCACGAUGACGAAAGACUCGUGCUGUUACUCGGACUGCUCCUGCUCGUGCGAUCUGUCCUCUGUGUGCUCCGAUUGCAGUCUGGAGCGUUGCGGAUGCAGGAAGGCCGGCGCAGAGAUGACGAUGUCGGAGACCAUGAAUUUAAGCAGCGAGUACUCGGAGCCUGAAACGAUCUGGGGGCACAAGGCGUCGGAGACGGGAGGGACGUACACAUACACUCUACCUCAGUCCUCUGACUUCAGGGUCAGGGGUCGGUCGGAGGGCGCGAGUAUGCAAAGACCGUUCACAACGCAAGCUCAAGUACACCAUUUGGCAGGUCGCGAAGUAGAGUACCAGAGGGCGACCAAAGAGUCAACGACGAAAGAAGCAUCAACGUCCACAACUUCUACCAUUCGAGGGAAUGGAACGAGUAAAGUUGUGAUCGAUGUCCAGUACGACAGCCCCAAGCCCAGCUCCAUCUCACCAGGCGUCAUCAGUUUCAACAAGCACGGCCACGUACGCGAUUGGGCCUCCCUCAGCAGAUGCUCCGACUCGUCGCACGUGACGACGAUAACGACGCUCCCCCUCCAGAAAACCCAGCAGCGACCGACGAAAGCACUGCGGUGGUCGAACACGUCCGAAAGGCGCCACUCGGGUCUGCUGUACAGUCUCAAGAAGCUGAGCAUUGCGUCUUUCACGAAAGCGAAACGGAGGACUGGGAAAAUAUUUAGCAGCGUUAGAACGAAGAUGAAAAAGCAGGAUAAGCCAGAAGAAGAAGAAGACCACAACAGCGUCAACACUUCCGAGGUGUGUCUCAGUCCGGACGGAAACCGCAUUCCCAAGAGGAAGCGCCGAAGACUUUCCUGGAGCUUCCACGACCUGCGUUCCGCGCUCGGCAAUAACUCGAGCAAGGGAGUGGUGGUCGUGCACCGGCCGAGGCGGAAGAAGAAAUGCGAGAGCCAGGACAAAGUGAGCAGCGAGACCUCCGACUCCGGAAUGGACGACUACAAGUCGUACGCCCGGUACGACCAGAGGCGGAAGUCGGACUCCGAGCUCAAACACUUCGCCAACGAAGUGACCCACAUUCAGGUGCAUCACGGCGUGGAGAAGGACAACUUUAGGAGGUGGUCCAACACGAACUUGCACUCCGAGUUGGGAUACAUGCCUUGAGGAUUACCGGUGUCAGUGACAGUGUGGUGGUGCCAUAGAUGUGCAGUGGUGCAAGAAACAUGCCCGACGCGAGGAGUGACGCUGGAUUACCCGAACGCGUGUAGUCAAAGCGGGACGAAUCAGUGACAUAUAGCUAUAGUGACGUAGCUGAACAAACAACGAAGAAAAUGAAAUUACAUUGUGUGAGUGCUGUUAGAAGCUAUAAAUAGCCGUUGUUGCUGGUUCCACA